UUCCUCAGCUGGAUGCAAAAUAAAUUUGGUGGAAAACAAGAUAACAAAAAGUCAAACACAUAUUCAACUACUUAUCAUACAAAACAAGAGCCUCGAGAAGAAUUCAGCGAUUGGCCUCAUGGUUUACUAGCAAUUGGAACAUUUGGAAAUAACAAUGAAAUCAAAGAAAACCCAGAGAAGCAUGUUAUUAAAGAGGAUCCUUCCUCAUCAGAGGAAAUAGCAGACUUCACUCCAGAAGAAAUUGGAAAACUACAAAAAGAGUUAACUAAACUCUUGAGACGAAAAUCCCAAGCGGAAAAGGAAAUUGUUGAGCUUCCUCUGGACAGAUUUCUUAAUUGCCCGUCAAGCUUGGAGGUUGAUAGGAGAAUCAGUAAUGCACUUUGCAGUGAUUCAGAAGAUAAAGAAGAAGAUAUUGAGAAGACACUCAGCGUCAUACUUGGUAAAUUCAAGGAGAUUUGCGCAGAUAACAGCAAGAAACCAAUUGGGAAGAAAUCAAUUUCAUUCCUGCUGAAAAAGAUGUUCGUCUGUAGAAGUGGAUUUGCUCCAGCACCCAGUCUUAGAGAUACCCUCCAAGAAUCCAAAAUGGAGAAGCUUUUAAGGACAAUUCUUCACAAGAAAAUAUACUCCCAAAAUUAUUCUGGGGCAUCAUCUUCAAUCAAGAAGUACCUAAAAGACAAGAAGGUGCCAAAGGAUGAUGCAGAGGAGAGAGCAGAUGAUGGCUGUAAAUGGGUCAAGACUGAUUCUGAAUAUAUUGUUUUAGAGAUUUAA